AUGACCAUUACAAUGAAGUUCAUUACCUCACUGAGGAUGCCAGAAAUAAAGCCUUGGAUGAUAUUGAUGCCCGCCCUUUCGGGAUUUAUUGGCAAAAGUGAGGAAGUUACGGAGGCUAUUAGUGCUGCAAUUACAUGUGUUAAAGAACAGAUUAAAAAGUGUGAAGAGUGUCAAAAGCUUUCGAUAAAUCGUGCAGAAAAUAUUAAGGAUCUACAGUCUUGUCACUGUCCUGAACAUGAUAAUAAACUUAAAGAUCUUCAAAAUAAAAACGAAAAAACUGCGAAUUCAAAUGAGAAUCCUAAAACACUUCUGACUAAUCUCACAGACGGUUUAGAAAAGUUUUUAGGCUUCAACCCUGAUUCCAAAGGCUACACCGGCUCCGGCAUCGUGUACUCGGACCUUGACAGGCUGUGCGACGGGGUGAUGGCGUUUCUCCUCCAAUGUCUUGAGGGCGCUAAAACACUUUUACAUCAUUAUUUUCCUGAUAUUACAAGGGCAAUUAGUGACUUGGAACGUUCAAUAGGUAAGGGCCGUGGUGUUUCAGGAUUUGCGCAGGCCAUUGGGAUUGUGCAGCGUGGGCUGGAGGGGUAUGAGAGUGGGAUGGAGGAGAGGAUUAGUAACAUCAAAGAGCCAUUAACGACAUUGAUAAAUCACGUCGAAACUCAAUUGGAGCAGUUUAAGAAGCCCGAUUAUAAAGAGGGCCAAACACGGAAGACUGACGAGGAACUUAGCAAAAUUUUUAAUGUUGGCAAUGUUGAAACAGUCCUGGCAAGUUGUAUUCAAAAAACCAAAAAAUAUAUUGCUGAUAUAUUGGACGCUGAAAACUAUGGUCUCCGACUCUUGGAUCCUGAGUUUCGUAGUAAGCUUCGAGAGCCAUUAAUGAGGAUUAGGCAGGAAGUAAAACGCUUCUCGAAAUCGUCGGACAAAGAUUUUUUGCAGUUGGAGGAGAUGAAGAAGACGAUAAAGACAACGCUUGAAUCUCUUAGAAAGAGUGUGAAAAAAAAAUCUAUGAUGAUGGUAGCUGCUAUUAGGGUUCAGAUUGAAGGUAUUGAGAUAAUUCUAAGUAAUCGCAUUAAGGAGCUGGAAAAAUGGAUUGAAGAGGCGAGCGCAGUUGUCACAGAAGCGGAGACGCAGGUGGGCAUCAUUGAAAAGGAGGUUAAUGAUCCACCAAGUGGUCACAGUAAUAAUAAGAGUAAACUUCAGUCUAUGGCGGAGAAAAUUGAGAAGCAACUUGGCACGAAAGUUAAAGAAUUAAAGGAUUGGAUCGAGAAUGCUGAUAACGUUAUGAAGGAGGGGUUGGCGAAGGUCCCCAUGCUUCAUCAGAAGGUUACCGAGCUGAAGGACAAAUACAAUCAGUUUUACGAUAACGUUAAAGGACCGGAUGGGAACGGCGGACUAUUAGAAAAGCUUAAAGGAGCUAACGUGGAAGUUAAGAAGGUGGUUAAAAGAACAACAUUGAAGACGUUUAAAGAUAAGGAUAAUGGUGGUUGGGAUUUGACUGAGCAGAUAGACGGGCUUACAGAUCAUAUUGAGACAAUCUUGAGAUGUAAAUUCGGGAUAAAACUUUAUGAGUUGCUGCAGAAUGCCACCAGAAAUGGUCUCGAGUAUAUUUUAGAAGAUGUAUUUCAUGCUAUAAAACAAGCAAAAGAUAUCUGGGGUGACGCUCAACCAGCCUUUGCGGAACUUAUCUCCGAACUUCAAACCGAUCUUGAUACAAAAAUCACCGCCGGCAAGUUUGAAAGUCACCUAGUUUCACUUCUGAAAACUACGGCAAACACUGCAAUUAAUAAGCUUCAGGCGGCGGUUACGAAGAUGAUCAUUGAAGAGUCUAAUAAGAAUCUCGUUAUGAGUGGUGUGGGUACGUUGUUAUCACAGGCCAAAGAUGCCAAAGAAGCAAUUGAGAGGCAGGCGAAGCUCGUCGCCGACAAGCUUCGCCUCAUGUGCACUGCUAUUAACGAUGCUGCGGGAGAUCAAGCAGGUCUGCAGAAGGUAUUGUCAGAUUUGCAGACGCUGGGCCUUGCUGAAGGCGACCAAAAAUGGCAAGGAAAGGAUCAUUCUGCCAGGGGUCUCAGAAAAGUAAUGAGUGAGGUUGAAGAAAUGGAAAUAAAGGAUGCGCCAGCUGUCACAACCAGCCUCAGCCUCCUGUGCACUGAAAUUGCCAACGCGACCGAAAAUAUAAAACUUAAACUGAACAAUUUAAAAAAGCAGAAUAUUAGUGGUACUAAAGAUAAUGAACUUGCUGGGAUUAGAACGAAUAUCAAUAAAUUGAAGAAUAACGAGGUAAAAUCAGCCAUCCAGGCCGCCAUGAAAUUUAUCGAAUCUGAAGCCAAUGAAGAAGGGAAAAAGACUACUAAGAAAUUAGAAGAACACGUCGACUACGAGGUGAAUGCCGCCAUAUCAACACUCACCGAUCUGGCCGAGAAGCAGUACGUCGACUCCCGGAUCCACGAGCUGACUAUAUUUGCUGCCGUUGCUAAGAAGCAGUACGUUCGCAUAAUAGACAUUAUCUAUCAAGACAAAAUUACUUGCACGAAAGGAUUCUUAGGAACAUUUAAUUCUAAAUUCAUAACCAGAGUCUCGGAAAUAAAAGACGUUCAGAAGUACAUUUCAUUCGCGGCUAAAAUAGUUAAUGACGGUUUUCGCAAUUUCCUUUCGGACUUGGGACAGCAAACCGAUUUUGAACCUGUGUCAUCCAAUCUCUUCCCCUCGGCAGAUGCACUGGGCAAUUUGCUCAAAGGUCUUCACACUUCUGAACACUUCGACUACAAAUUUAGUGAGCACUUAGAUGCACUAGACAAAGCACUAAGCACUUUCACUCCUACCAAAUUCACCGAUCCCUCUAACGCAAUUCUGCAGUGCCUUAAAGAUGGCUUCGAAAAACUAUACGAACAGUUGAAUAUGGCCUACGUUUCCAAGUACUCCGGAGCAUUCAAAAUGUUCAACUGGGACGCCGACGGGCCAAAGGCCGCCCGGGCAUGUCUGAGUUUUCUACCCACGCUGGCCCAGGAUUUGAUCACGUUGAAGAGUUACAGCAACAGUGACUGGCAAAACAAGCAAAUAUAUUUAUAUGAACGUACUAAAAAUACCAAUAGCCUUGGAGUAUUCCUUGCUAACCGUGGCUUCAGUGUUUCCAAACGUGAUAAUGGCUACGAGGGGGAAUUGAAAAACAAGCCAAAUUGCAAGGGUUCAGACAUCUUCGGCAAGCUCACCGGAAAAAUAAAUGGCGGUGCAGAUAGACUCUUCACCUCCAUAAAAGGGGAGAAAGAAGAAGGCUUAAUUACGAAGCUGUUCAAUUAUUACGAGAUGUAUUUGCGUGUUUGCCACCAAACGCUUCCGUCCCCAGCCAGAUACCCUUGCUCAGUUAGGGACAUGCUCUCUUGGAUGUCCGGCGUUCCGUAUAGUCACGUGUUCAGUAAAGUACAUGGACAUGUAAAAUCGUUGCUCAAUGAGGACGCCAACAAAAAAGACACAGUCAUGACGACGGUCCUCAAAUCCCAAACGUAUAACCCUCUUAAGGACUCAUGUAAGAGGUCCGCUCACCUACUCGUCGCCAUCUGCGGCAACGGUCACGGCGCAGAGGAAUGUGAUUAUCCGUACAGCGUGUGUUUCUCCAAUAACCACGGUAAUUUCUAUUAUCCUUCAGACCCAGCGACGCUCCUCGGAAUGGUGUAUGACAUAGUCAGACGUCUAUGUUACGUGCUCUAUUUCCUGUAUGCACAGUGUAAGCGUACUGCGUCCGCCGGCAACGGAUGGAAAGAGUGCGCCUACGGUCAAAAUGUGCCUUCGGCAAACUGGUCAUGUAAGGACCACUCAAACAUUAGACCAAAUGGUCAACCAACUGACCAACCUAAGUGCCAACCAAAUGGUCAAGCAAAUGGCCAGGCAAACACAAAACUGAAUUGCCCACCUACGUCUCCACUUCAAUCUUUCCUUAGAGACAGCUGUGCUGGCUUCCUACCGCAUGUCCUCACUGCAAAGAACAAUGCCAUUCAAUGUUCUAGUUGCAAACACAACCAACCGGGUCAGCAAUGUCUUACCCCAAUGGGCUUCCGCGACCUUGACUUCGCUGCCUCUAUAGAACAUACCGGCGAAUACCUUACGUAUUAUCUGGGUCAACUGUGCAGUGAUGCAGAUGCGUGCCUCUUCGAACUGUGUCGUUCGUUGUCGUAUAUCUGUCCCACAGCGCCGAAGACAUUGGCAGAUAUGUUUACGUUAUACACCCAGUUGUUUAGGAAGUGGGAGUUGGACAAGACACGCAAAGCAUCAUCGUAUUAUGAUAAUAGUGCAUACCUUACUCACAUUAAGGAUAGCACUAUCGAAAAGUCCUUCCCACUUAACAAAAAUGUUCACGAUAACUUCGACAACUCCAGCCUGACCACCGCUAUCACGGCGCUUGUUGGACAUGGCCAUCGGAGUCACGAUGCGCUUUCCAGUCUUUUUACUACAGAUGCCUGUACAGGAACUGACCUAUGUGCCCUUUCAUAA